CAAUGCCACAGACUCUCAGGUGAGACCAAAAAGCUCUCCGCCUUUCACUUCCCCAACCAGAACUCCAACCAAACACCAGCAAUGGCCUAACCCACCCACCCACCCUCUCCCGCUCUCUCUCUCUCUCCUCGUUUCCAUCGCCCUCUCUCUCUCUCUCUCUCUCUCUCUCCUCAAUGGCCUCAUCAAUCUCCGGCCUCUCCUCCACAUUCAAACUCCAAAACCCCACCCCCAACAAAUCCCCACUCGCCCGAGUCUACUCCGCCUCCUUCCCCGCCCGAUCAAAGCUCCUCGACCGCUUCUCUGUCCAAUCCGUGGCCAAGGAAAUCCCCGCAAACCUUUCCAAGCCAAAAAACGAGACGCUGAAAGAAGAGAUUAAGAAGAAGGGGCUGGAGAAGGACCCGAGGGAGCUGUGGCGGAGGUACGUCGACUGGCUGUACCAGCACAGGGAGCUGGGGCUGUACCUGGACGUGAGCCGGGUCGGGUUCACGGACGAGUUCGUCGCCGAGAUGGAGCCGAGGCUCCAGGCGGCGUUCCGGGCCAUGGAGAAGCUCGAGAAGGGGGCGAUCGCGAAUCCCGACGAGGGGAGGAUGGUCGGGCAUUACUGGCUCAGGAACUCGGGGCUCGCGCCGAGUAAGUACCUGAGGUCGCAGAUUGAGGCUACUUUUGAUGCUGUGUGCUCGUUCGCCGACGACGUCGUCUGUGGUAAGAUUAAGCCCCCAUCCUCUCCUGAGGGUCGCUUCACGCAUAUACUUUCUGUUGGAAUUGGAGGUUCUGCCCUUGGACCACAGUUUGUUGCAGAGGCGUUGGCUCCUGAUAAUCCUCCUCUCAAGAUAAGGUUCAUUGACAAUACGGAUCCAGCUGGCAUUGAUCAUCAGAUUGCGCAGCUUGGUCCUGAGUUGGCUUCAACACUAGUAAUAGUGAUAUCAAAGAGUGGAGGUACGCCGGAAACCAGAAAUGGUUUAUUGGAAGUACAAAAGGCUUUUCGUGAAGCUGGCCUGGAUUUUGCGAAACAGGGUGUUGCCAUUACACAAGCGAAUUCCUUAUUAGACAACACCGCGAGAAUUGAGGGGUGGUUAGCUAGGUUUCCUAUGUUUGACUGGGUGGGUGGUAGAACUUCAGAACUGUCUUCAGUUGGUCUACUUCCAGCAGCUCUUCAGGGAAUUGAUAUUAAAGAAAUGAUUGACGGUGCUUCAUUGAUGGAUGAGGCAAAUAGGACGACAGUGGUGAGGAAUAAUCCUGCAGCGUUGCUAGCUUUAUGCUGGUACUGGGCUUCUGAUGGAGUAGGAUCCAAGGAUAUGGUCGUUCUUCCUUACAAGGACAGCCUACUAUUAUUUAGCAGGUACUUACAGCAGCUGGUCAUGGAAUCAAUUGGGAAGGAGUUUGACCUGGAUGGUAAUCGGGUGAAUCAGGGACUUACUGUUUAUGGAAAUAAAGGGAGCACAGAUCAGCAUGCCUACAUCCAACAACUGAGAGAAGGCGUUCAUAACUUCUUUGUCACAUUUAUUGAAGUCCUACGUGAUAGACCCCCUGGCCAUGAUUGGGAGCUUGAACCAGGGGUCACAUGUGGUGACUACCUGUUUGGUAUGUUACAGGGCACAAGGUCAGCUUUGUAUUCUAAUGAUCGGGAGUCCAUUACAGUGACCGUGCAAGAAGUGACUCCGAGAUCAGUGGGGGCAAUGAUUGCACUGUAUGAACGAGCAGUUGGUAUUUAUGCCUCGCUGGUCAACAUUAAUGCUUACCACCAACCUGGUGUGGAAGCUGGGAAAAAAGCAGCUGGAGAAGUACUAGCUCUCCAAAAGCGGGUCCUUCAAGUACUCAAUGAGGCCAGCUGUAAAGACCCUGUUGAGCCAUUAACACUUGAUGAAGUAGCUGAACGUUGCCAUGCUCCUGAAGAUAUUGAGAUGAUUUACAAGAUUAUCGCCCACAUGGCUGCCAAUGAUAGAGCACUUAUAGCUGAAGGCAGCUGUGGCUCACCUCGUAGCAUCAAAGUUUUCCUCGGAGAGUGUAAUCUUGAUGAAAUGUACGUGUGAGUUGCAACUUGAGAACCACCUUUCAUGAGGUACCGGAAAAGGCUCUGUCCGCUGGUUUUUUACAGUCAGAUUUGGAUAUUUGUUGAGAUUUGAGAAUGACUGCAUUGAAGUUGUCUGAAAUAAAAUCCUGUUUUGGGUGGUUUGAUUU